AAUAUUUUGUCACAUUGUUAUCUUACUACUCUUAGAGCAAAAUAUACCAAUGAAUGUCACACAAAUGUCAAUUCUCAAAGCAGAACCCUUGCCAACGAGGGAACUAUCAACACACUCUUCAGAGGAGAACGUAUUUCCCUGGCAAUCUGGACCCAACUUACCCUAAAGUAGGAGGCUUCCACUUUUUGGAUAGGUUCCAAGUUCCCAUGCUGUCUUUUCCAUUCUCUGUUGGCACCCUAUUCUUGGGCUUUGAACUGUAGGUAACCUCAAUUUUGGUGUACAUGUGUUAUUCCAUGCCUUAAACAUCCUAGGGUACCUCAAAAUGGAACCUUGCUUUCUGUGUGGGAAACCAGGCCAAUCGGAAUGCCCAGAUUGCCGAUUGGUCGCGGUAUGUUCCAAAGAGCAUAAAACUCUUCACAGGCCAGAAAAGUUGUGUUUCCCGUUCAAAAUCGAACAAGAUCCUGUAAAAGGCCGGCUUAUGGUGGCCAAUAGAGAUAUUCAACCAUUAGAAUUGAUUCUAUAUGAUCGUACCAUGGCUUUUGGGCCAAAAAUGGGGAGUGCGCCAGUUUGCUUGCAUUGCAUGAAACCUAUCCAGAAUGUGGAUCAUCUUUGUUCCACUUGUGCGUGGCCUUUCUGUUCCGACAAGUGUUCCCAAAGUCAAACCCAUAGAAUGGAAUGCUCUAUUUUGGCACGAAACAAAAUGAAGCUAGACUUUUCGGAUUUCGAGAACCCUCACGAUCACUACCGAUGUAUCGCUCCCCUACGGUUCCUCCUACUGCGAGAAUCCGAGCCCAACUUUUAUCAGCGAUUUCAAUACCUCAUGGACCACAACAAAGAAAGAAGAUUGGAUCUGGACACGUGGCAAACCUAUCAAACCUAUGUCAACAAGUUUCUCAGAGAAAACUGCCAGCUCAAAGAUACAUUUUCGAAUGAGGAGAUCGACCGAGCUUGUGGUCUAUUUUGGACUAACGCCUUCUCUUGCAACAGUGGAGGUGGACAGGCCAUAUUCCCAACUUUUAGCUUCAUGUCUCAUUCAUGUACAUCCAAUGCAAAUCAUGUGGUGUUUCCCAACAGACAUUUGGCACUUCAGGCCAAGGUCUUAAUCAAGAAAGGAGACGAAAUCACCAUCAGCUACAUUUCCCCACUCCAGAGCACAAUGAGAAGACAGGCCAAGCUCAGAGACAAAUGGUUCUUCGAGUGCUCUUGUUCCAGAUGUCAGGAUCCCUCCGAAAAUGGAACGAACUUAUCGUCUCUCAAAUGCAAAGCGUCAGUUCUUAAUGAAGAUCAGCCUUGCCAGGGGAUAUUGACCUCAAAUCUGGCCAGCAAAGGUUCUGAAUGCGCAUGGACAUGCUCAAAGUGUUCAAACCAGGUCCCUGCCAAAAUCGUCUUGGAGCUAGAAAACUCGAUUGCCAAGGAGCUCAAGGAAGCGGAGAGCCAUAAAGACAUUGCGGUCAUAGAGGAAAUACUCCAGAAAUUUGAGACCGUUCUUCAUCCAAAUCACUUCCUACUGAUUCUCUUGAAGAGACACAUCAUCGCCCUUGGGUGUGAUAAAAUAUCCGAAUUAGAACUAGAGCAACUGGAAAAAAUUCAAACUUUCUGCGAAGAGGUACUCAAUGUUAUCAACAGGAUAGACCCUGGUUACAAUCGAGACAGAGGUCUUAUUUUGGGUCACCUGGCUAACGUGAAGAAAUUCAGAUGCCGAAAAAUGUUUCACAAAGAACUGAUUCCACAGCCAGUCUUCCAAAGACAAGUAGAAGAAUGUAUGAUCCUAUUCGGAGAAUCUCAAAAGUGCAUGAGUAUGCUGGUUAAAAAAUGACAUUGUGUGCAAAAAAAUGGCAUUCUUUUAUUUUAUAAAAUCAAUAAAUAUGCUACUCGAAUCAAAGUUUUGAGUAUCUCCUGAA